CCAAUAGGAAGCGAGGUUAGAGAGGCCGACAGAGUGAGGCAGAGGAAGAGGGGAAGGAAGAGGCCUCCGAGGCUGCCGCUUGUCUUUCUCCUUCUCCUUCGCCUACUGGGCCCGGACUGGGAAGGGGCCGCGAUGGUGCUGGAAAGCACGAUGGUCUGCGUCGACAACAGCGAGUACAUGAGGAACGGGGACUUCUUACCGACCCGUCUCCAGGCCCAGCAAGAUGCGGUCAACAUCGUCUGCCAUUCGAAGACCCGCAGUAACCCGGAGAACAACGUGGGCCUCAUCACUUUAGCCAAUAACUGUGAGGUGUUGACCACCCUCACCCCCGACACAGGCCGCAUCCUGUCUAAGCUGCACUCGGUCCAGCCCAAAGGGAAGAUCACCUUCUGCACAGGGAUCCGAGUUGCUCAUCUGGCUUUGAAACAUCGCCAGGGUAAGAACCACAAGAUGCGCAUCAUUGCCUUUGUGGGGAGCCCCGUAGAGGAUAAUGAGAAAGACCUCGUGAAACUGGCCAAGCGGCUGAAGAAGGAGAAGGUGAACGUGGACAUCAUCAACUUUGGAGAAGAGGAAGCCAACACUGACAAGCUGACGGCCUUCAUCAACACCUUGAACGGCAAAGACGGGACGGGCUCUCACCUGGUGACGGUGCCCCCCGGGCCGAGCCUGGCUGAUGCUCUCAUCAGCUCCCCAAUCCUCGCUGGAGAGGGAGGAGCAAUGCUGGGCCUGGGAGCGAGUGACUUUGAGUUUGGCGUGGAUCCCAGUGCCGACCCAGAACUGGCUCUGGCGCUCCGGGUGUCCAUGGAGGAGCAACGGCAGAGGCAGGAAGAGGAGGCCCGCAGGGCUGCGGCAGCAUCUGCUGCAGAAGCAGGGAUCCCAACCUCCGCUGCGGAUGAUUCAGACGACGCCCUGCUCAAGAUGACCAUAGGCCAACAGGAAUUCGGCCGAGCUGGCCUGCCCGACCUCAGCACCAUGACCGAAGAAGAACAGAUUGCUUAUGCCAUGCAGAUGUCUCUCCAAGGAGCCGAGUUUGGACAAGGUGAGUCGGCCGAGGUGGAUAUCAGCGCUGAUAUGGACACGUCAGAACCGACAAAGGAAGAGGACGACUAUGAUGUGAUGCAAGACCCCGAGUUCCUGCAGAGCGUCCUGGAGAACCUGCCAGGAGUCGACCCCAACAACGAGGCCAUUCGCAACGCCAUGGGCUCCCUGGCCUCGCAAGCAUCCAAGGAGAACAAAGACAAGAAAGAGGAGGAGAAGAAAUGAUGUGGGGAGGAGGGGCAGGCCACGGGCCCUCAGUGGGGCCCCCAACUCUCCUUUGCCCCGUUACGCAGUCAAGAGCAUCGCCGGCUCUGCAUGCCCCAGUUCACCUAGCCUUCUAGCCGUCAGUGUCCGUAAUCUUCCUCCCUCUCUGGAGUAGUU